AAUGUUGCAGACAUUGACUUUCGCCUACAACUGCACCGCCCAUGAGUCGACGGGCUAUGCCCCGUUUUAUCUAAUGUACGGGAGAAUUCCCAGACUCCCAGUUGACGUAAUGUUCCACAAUGUGGAGAGGGACUGUGACAUUGCUGACUAUGAUAAAUAUGUCCUCAAACUGAGGGAGGAGCUAAAAGAAGCAUUAUCAUCUGCCCAGGCCAAUGCUGUCACCAGUCAGCGUCAUCAAACUGAACUGUACAACCAAAGGACCAAAGGUCAUGACAUCGCUGAGGGAGACCAAGUACUCUUGUCAAACAAAUGUGAAAGGGCACGCAAGAAGUUGUCGGACAAAUGGGAGGCUGUACCGUAUGUGGUUGUCUCAAGAGACCCAAGGUGUCAUACCUACCGGAUAAGGAACACUUGCAGUGGUCAUGAAAGGGUUGUCCAUCGCAACCGCCUCCUGUGUGUCAACUUUCUUCCACUUAAUUUGGAGAAUGAAGAGUAUGUUGAAUCAUCAUUCACUGAAUCAUCUGAGUCAAGUCAUGAUGAGACACAAAGUCGGGUUUCGGAUGUGGUGACGAGAGAUGUCACAGAAGACAGAACAGCCAGUUGGAUUCUGGACAGUGCUUCUGCCAAUUCGCCAUCAGAAUGUCUGGAUGCUGAUGAGGAGCUUGAAGACCCUGAUCUGGAUGAAAGUGCCAGCCAGAGGCCAAGGAGUGUGUCAAAUGUGGUUGAUAGGACAGGCCAUAGCGACGACCCCCCAAGCACAGCAAUCAGUGUUGUCUCCCGUAUAAGAACGAGGGUGGGUAGGCUGGUGAAACCUGUAGAUAGGCUAAUUCAGAACAUGACCCAGAAGAAAAUAUCUGUUUGAGUUACAAACCUCUGUAAACCAUCAAGUACCAUAAGAUAGUUGUUUAAUCCGAUGUUUGGGUUGAACAUGUAUUACAGUAGCAGUGAUAAAUAUUAGGUACUCCUUGUCUUGUCAAAGGUAUAUUUUUUUAUUACCUUUGUAGAGUAAUGUGUAAGGUGGUGUAAAAGGCACCUCUUUUUGCAAGUGUACCCAGGAGGGUUGCGCAGCCCUCCUUGGUCAUUUUCUCAGUAAUGUGAGUAACUAAUAAGUUGCAUAACGUGAAUGUAUUGGAGUACUCUGCUAAGUCUUGAAGUAUUUUGGUGAAGUUCAGAGGGGAGUAUGUAGCCGAGCUAAAUUUUAUUUUAUUUUAUUUUAAUUUUGUUCAAUUAUUCACAUCAUUUUUUGUUGUGAACUUCCCCAAAAGUGUUUCUCAUUGUAAAUAGGUUCCACUCUAUUAUUUUCCGUUACAUACCUUUUUGUUUCCCUGGGGGGUGAUUUGGCGUCGCACCUUUGUGACCAGCUUCAGUGAGCACUGACGCUCGGAGCUGUGGAGAGAGAUUCCGUUUGCCGUGGACUGUGUGUGACGCCCUGUUUUUGUUUUUUUCCAAAAAAAGGUAUGUCUGUUAUGAGUUUUUUUGGCUUAGUUUAUUGUAUAAAAAAUAUAAAAAGAAUUGAUGUGGGUGGGAAAGAUGAGGUGUAUUGCUGCACAUUUAAGGAUCCUUUUUCUUAAUAUAUAUUGUUAUUUGCUGAAGUAUAUAUUUUAUAUACUGUGUUUUAUUUAAUUAAUUUAUUUGAGACUAUUAUGCUUUUUUUUUUACCUUUAUUAUUAUUAUUUCCAUUUCCACAUUUAAACAUGUAUAAUUGAAUUGAGUGAGCACUGACGCUCGGAGCUGUGGAGAGAGAUUCCGUUUGCCGUGGACUGUGUGUGACGCCCUGUUUUUGUUUUUUUCCAAAAAAAGGUGAAUA